AUGCUGAAAUCCAUGAGUAUUAAAAACAAACUACAGAAAAAUUUGCUGAAGGAAUACAAGAAUGACGACGAGAAGAAUUUUGUAAAUCCCCAUGAAGGAGAUAAAGCAAGCAUAUUACAAGAGACAAGGGUGUUUUCUAGUUAUCCUUUGAAUACACAAAAAUGUUUACAAAUAUUAACGAAGAUAUUAUAUUUGAUAAAUAAAGGAGAUGAUAUAUUAACAAGUCAGGAAUGUACAGAUAUAUUUUUUAGUAUAACGAAAUUAUUUCAAUCGAACAAUGAAAGGUUAAGAAGGAUGAUAUAUUUAUUAAUAAAAAAUUUACCCGUAAGUGAAAAGGAAAUAUUUAUAGUAACUAGUUCUUUAACAAAAGAUAUGAAUUCAGCUAAUGAUUGUUAUCGAGCUAAUGCUAUAAGAGUCUUAAGUAAAAUUAUUGAUUUUUCGCUAGCUACACAAAUUGAAAGAUAUUUAAAAACAGCAGUUGUUGAUAGAAAUCCAUUUGUAUCUACGUCAGCAUUAUUAUGUGGUUUAAAUUUAUAUAAUAAUACAUCAUCAGAUAUUGUUAAGAAAUGGAUUAAUGAAGUUAGUGAAUGUAUAAAUAGUAAACAUCCUAUGAUACAAUUUCAUGCUCUUACCUUAUUAUGUUCUAUUAAAAAUCAAGAUAAAUUAGCACUCGAAAAAAUUAUCAACUCUUAUACAAAAAAUUCACACACUCUAUCAAGCUCAUUAGCUAAUUGUCUUCUAAUAAAAUAUGCUUCAUAUCUAAUAUAUUGUACAGAGGUACAUAGCGAAAUGAAUAACAACAACAAUAUUCUUAAUAUUAAUAAUAAUAGAAAUAUAUUUAAUCAUAAUAUAUAUUAUAAUAAGGAUACAUAUUCUCAACAUUAUCCACAUAAUAACAAACAAAAUAUUAAUAAUACUGCUAUUAGUAGUACUACUAAUAAAAAUCAUCAUCAUAAUAUUAAUAAUAAUAAUAAUAAUAAUAAUAAUAAUAAUACUUAUAAUAAUAACGACCAUUCUGUUAAUAAAAAUAAAUUCAUACAUCCUACGACCAAAGUAUGCUUUGAUUAUCUUAAAAAUUGUCUCAAAAAUAAUAAAGAUGCAAUUAUCUUAUUUGAAUGUAUUAAGUGUAUCUUUGAACUAGCCAUCUAUGAUCAAGAAGGAAAAAACACCACCACCGUUUUUAAUGUAGAUAUUUUAAAUGAAUGUAUCAAGGUUUGUCAACUGUUUUUAUUAUCAUCCAAAAUUGUAGAUAAAUUUUCAAUUAUUAGACAAAUAAAUAAACUUGCUCAUCAUCGACCAUAUGUUGUAUCCAAAUUAAAUCAAGAUAUUGAAAAUCUUCUAUAUGAUAAUAAUAAAAGUAUAUGUGUAUUAGCCUUUACUACCCUAUUAAAAACAGGAAAUGAAACAAGUAUUGAUAAAUUAUUAAAUCAAAUUAAUAAUUACAUGACAGCAGAUAAUACAACAUUCAAAAUAAAAAUUAUUGAAGAAGUUAAAAAUCUUUGUUUUAUAUAUCCAAAUAAAUGUAAUAUUAUACUUAACUUUUUGUCCAAUAAUUUAAGAGAUGAUGAAUCAUACCAAUUUAAAGCUAGUACAAUCGAUUCUAUUAUUUUAAUAAUAACCAAUUUACCAAAUGCCGAAGAAACAGCCAUAUUACAAUUAUGUGAAUUUAUUGAAGAUUGUGAAUAUCAUGCUUUAUUAUUAAAAGUCAUUAGAUUCUUAUUAAUGCAUAUACCUAAAACCAAAAACCCAUCCAAAUAUAUUAGAUAUAUAUAUAAUCGUCUACUUUUAGAAAACUCAACAAUCAGAAUUGAUGGAAUGUAUGCCUUAUUUUAUAUAGCUCUAAAAUGUGCAGAAAACUCAAAAGAUAUUCUUGUUCUAUUAAAUUGUUUACUAGCUGAUAAUGAUGACGAAGUUAGGGAUAGAACCAAUUUUUUCUACUACAUGUUAAAGGAAAAAAUUAAAGAACUAGAUACUUCUAAUAAACAAAUAUCAAAUGAAUAUGAAGAAAAAUUACAAAAUAACGAAAACAUAAACGAACAUAAUAAUAUCCAUUAUUCAAAUAAUAAUUUAAUCGAUCAACUCUUGGAAUAUGAUCAAAACACUAAUAUUGAUCAACUCUUAUAUUUUAUUUCAAAUCAUAUUGAAAAAGAUCCUAAGGAAGAAUUCUCAUACCAACAUGUUAAAGAACAAAUUAUAGCAUCAAAUGAUCUAAAUAAUAAAGAUUAUGUCUCUUCUCCAUUUAUUAACAAAAAAAAUAAAACAUCAUAUAAUGAAAUACCUAAUUUAACUAAUACUAACUCUAUUUCAAAUAUUAACAAAUAUAUAGAUCUAACACCUGAUACAUUAUAUAUAAAUAAUAUGUCCAAAUAUAUUGACAUGUAUAAUUUAUCAAAUAUUAAUAUAAUUAAUAAAUCAAUACCCUUAACAGAAAGUGAAGCUGAAUAUACUGUGUUUCUCAAAAAAUUUAUUUAUAAUCAACAUCUUGUUUUAGAAUUUACUAUACAUAAUACAUUAAGUGAACAAAUUUUAUCGAAUCUAAAUGUACAAAUGCAUUCAUCAGAAAAUAAAUGGACCAUCCUAGAAAAAACAACUAUUGAUAAUUUAUAUUACAAUACACCUCAACAAUUAUAUGUUAUUUUAAAAAAAAAUAUACCUUUUGAAAAAACGGAUACACAUAAUCACAACAACAAUGAUACAAAUGAUCAAAAUAAUCACAAUUUACAAAAUAAUGUCGACUCAUUUGCUGUUAAUCAAAACUUCCAAAUAUCAUUACAUUUCUUAGUUAAAGAAAAUGAACACGAUGAAGGAUUCCCUGACUCCUAUUCCAUUAACCCAUUUAGUAUACAAAUCGUAGAUUUUAUAAAUCCAAAAAUAUUAAGACAUGGUGAAUUUAAACAUAUCUGGGAUAGUAUGCACAACUACAAUGCAGAAGUUGUCAGCAAAUUUAGCUUGAACUUUCAAAAUAUACAACAAGCUGUUGUAGGAUUAUUAAACACAUUAAAUAUGGUCGCAUGUGAUCAAACAGAUUAUGUAGAAAAUAACUCAAAUAACCAUAAUAUGUUAUUGUCAGCACAAUUUUUAAACGACACAUAUGUUUUAUGUAAAGCUUCCUUAAUAUUAUCACAACAAUAUGGAUGUUUAUUAAAAAUCACAUGUAGAUCUACCAAUAAAUUUUUAUCAGAGCAUAUUUUAAAAUCCUUAGAAUGA